GCGCGCCAAGAUGGCGGCGCCCAGGCGGAGCUGGAGCGGGUAGGUGGCGUGCUGGAGGGCCCGGCUGUGGGGGACUCAGGGUUGAGUGACGAGGACUGUGCACACCCCAGGAGCAGUGCUUCACUGAGUCUUUCUGAAGAGGCAGCCUGAGUGUCGACAUGCUGUCCAGACCAAAGCCAGGGGAGUCCGAGGUGGACCUGCUGCGCUUCCAGAGUCAGUUCCUGGCCGCUGGCGCAGCCCCCGCUGUGCAGUUGGUGAAGAAAGGCAGCCGGAGAGGUGGAAGGGCUGCCCCGGACGGGCCUCCGCCGCAGGACCAUCGGGAUGUGGUGCUGCUGGAUGACCUCCCAGAUUCUCCUCCAGCUUUGGUUCCUGCUCCCCCUAAGAGAUCCAGGCCCAGCCCUGGCCGCCCCCCGCUUCCAGAUGAAGACCCUGAGGAGAGGCUGAACAGGCAUGACCAGCACAUCACCGCUGUCUUGACUAAAAUUAUUGAACGAGAUACAAGUUCUGUGGCCGUGAAUCUGCCUGUGCCCAGCGGCGUUGCUUUCCCCCCUGUGUUCCAUCGCUCACAAGAGAGACGGGGGAAGCCAGCAUCUGGUAAGGGAAGCAUCUUUGCUCGGGAGAUCGCAGCCAGGCGGGCUUCUGAAAGCAGGCCUCCAUCUGCCAGGGAAGUUGUGCCCAACCCAGACCCAGCACAGGGUGCGGUGACCUGUGAGGCACCCAGCCCCGGAGGCCAGGGUGGCCAGCGGCCAGGGAACACCCACGACUUCCAGAGGCCACGUGUGGUCACGGGGAAGGGCCUCAGCCAGGAAGCCGAGCAGGAAGCCCAGACCAUCCACGAAGAGAACGUAGCGAGACUGCAAGCCAUGACUCCCGAGGAGAUCCUGCGGGAGCAGCAGCAGCUCCUCACUCAGCUUGACCCUAGCUUGGUUGCCUUCCUGAGAUCUCAUGGCCAUACCCGGGGGCAAGUAGGAGAGCAGAAGCCAGGAGGACCCUUGGGUCAUGUCACCAAAGAGGAGCCUGUGACAUCAGCCUUUGCCGGUGAACCCAGGAAGGAAGAGAAGCUGGAGCCAGGUGUGGCACUGCCCGUGACCCCCCACAAAGAAUGGCUCCACAUGGACGCUGUGGAGCUGGAGAAGCUCCACUGGACCCAGGACCUGCCCCCCCUCCGGCGGCAGCAGACCCAGGAGAGAAUGCAGGCCCGAUUUAGUCUUCAGGGAGAGCUCCUGGCCCCCGACGUGGACCUGCCCACGCACCUGGGGCUGCACCACCAUGGAGAGGAGGCGGAGAGAGCAGGGUACUCCCUACAGGAGCUGUUCCACCUCACCCGAAGCCAGGUGUCCCAGCAGAGAGCUCUUGCCCUGCACGUAUUGUCCCAGGUCAUCAGCAGGGCGCAGGCUGGCGAGUUUGGGGACCAGCUGGUGGGAAGUGUCUUAGGCCUGCUUUUGGAUGCUGGCUUCCUCUUCCUGCUGCGUUUCUCUUUGGAUGACAGAGUGGAUGGGGUCAUCGCAGCCGCCAUCCGGGCUCUUCGUGCUCUGCUGGUGGCUCCCGGAGCUGAGGAGCUCCUGGACAGCACCUUCUCCUGGUACCACGGGGCUUCGGUGUUCCCUAUGAUGCCCAGCCAGGAGGACAAGGAGGACGAUGGCGAAGAUGAAGAACCCCCAGCAGGAAAGGCGAAACAGAAGAGCCCCGAGGAAGAAAGCCGACCUCCGCCCGACCUGGCCCGACACGAUGUCAUCAAGGGCCUCCUGGCUACCAACUUGCUGCCUCGGCUGCGCUACGUGCUAGAGGUGACCUGCCCAGGACCCUCUGUGGUCCUUGACACCCUGGCCGUGCUCAUCCGCCUGGCCCGCCAUUCCCUGGAGUCUGCCACACGGGUCCUGGAAUGCCCUCGGCUGAUGGAAACCAUAGUGCGGGAGUUCCUGCCUACCAGCUGGCCCCCCGCGGCCGCCGGGCCCACCCCCAGUCUGCACAGAACGCCCUGCGCUGCGGCCAUGAAACUGCUUCGAGUCUUGGCCUCGGCGGGUAGGAACAUUGCUGCCCGGCUGUUGAGCAGCUUCGAUCUCCGGAGCCGCCUGUGCCGCUUCCUGGCCGAAGCUCCUGGAGAACUGGCCUUGCCCCCCGAGGAAGCCGAGGCACUGAGCACGGAGGCCUAUCGCCUGUGGGCUGUGGCUGCCUCCUACGGCCACGGCGGCGACCUUUACAGGGAGCUGUACCCGGUGCUCGCGAGGGCCCUGCAGGCCGUGCCGGCGGAGCUCAGCGCCCACCCCCUGCCACCCCUGUCCGUGCAGCGGGCGGCCUCGCUGCUCACCCUCCUCACGCAGCUCACCCUGGCAGCCGGCGGCGCCCGCUCGGAGCUCUCCAGUGACGCUGCCCGGGCCGCUUCGUCCGUCACGUGGACGCAGGUGUGUGGACUCCAGCCUCUCGUGGAGCCGUGUCUAAGGCAGACCUUGAAGCUGCUGCCCAGACCUGAUAGGUGGAGUGCCGUGGGCCCGGUGCCCACCGCCUGCCUGCUGUUCCUGGGUGCCUACUACCAGUCCUGGAGCCAGCAACCAAACUUGUGCCCGGAGGACUGGCUUCAGGACAUGGAGCGCCUGACGGAGGAGCUGCUGCUGCCCCUGCUGAGCCAGCCCGCGCUGGGCGGCCUGUGGGACUCGCUCAGGCCCUGCUCUCCCGUCUGCAACCCACUGUCCUGUGCUGCAGCUGCCGAAGGCGUCCCCAGCCUCGCGUCGCUGGGCUGCGCGGGAGGCUGCCCCCCGCUCAGCCUGGCCGGGUCAGCCUCCCCCUUCCCAUUCCUCACUGCCCUCCUCCAUCUUAUCAACACCGUGGUCCAGAUCCACAAGGGACUGUGUGGCCAGCUGGCGUCCGUGCUGGCCGCCCCUGGACUCCAGAGCUACCUGCUGCAGUGCGCGGCUCCCCGCGCCGCGCCGCCCCUCACCCCCCUCUCCGCCUGGGCCUUCCGCCACGAGCACCACCUGCAGCACCUGGCCCUGGCCCUGGCCCAGAAAGCGGCAGCGCUGCAGCCCUCGCCCGCCGCCGGCGCCGCGGCCCUCUUCCACACCAUGGCCUUGGCCCUGCUGAGCCGCCUGCUGCCCGGAAGCGAGUACCUGGCCCAGGAGCUGCUGCUGAGCUGCGUGUUCCGGCCCGAGUUCCUCCCGGAAAGCGCAGCCGGGGGCCCGGAGGCAGCCGACCUCUCGGAUGGGCUGUCCUUGGGGAGCGGCGGGGACGCUCGGUGUGGACGAGGGGCUCUCCUUACCCAGGCCUGCCAGGACCUCCCCAGCAUCCGCAGCUGCUACCUGGCCCACUGCUCCCCGGCCCGCGCCGGCCUGCUGGCCUCCCAGGCCCGGCACCGCGGGGACGCGCAGCGAGCCGCCGCCCUGCUGCUGCCUGUGCCGGAGCAGCCGCUGCUGCCCGCCGACUGGCCCUUCCAGCCGUUGCUUCAUCUCUACCACCGGGCCUCGGACACGCCCUCGGGGCUGCCCCCCGCCGACGCCGCGGGCACAGCGACCCGGGUCCUGCAGUGGGUGCUGGUGCUGGACAGCUGGCGUCCCGAGGCCCUGGGGGCCGUGCCGCCCGCCGCGCGCCUGGCGCGGCUCAUGUGUUUGUUCCUGGUGGACGGCGAGCUGUUCCGGGAGGCCCCGGUUCAGCGUCUCGUGGCGGCCCUGCUAGCCCGCCUCUGCCGGCCUCAGGUCUUACCGAGCCUCAACCUGGACUGCCCGCUCCCCGGCCUCACGUCUUUCCCCGACCUCUAUGCCAGCUUCCUGGACCAUUUUGAAUCCGUGUCUUUUGGGGACCACCUAUUCGGGGCUCUGGUCCUCCUUCCUCUGCAGCGCCGGUUCAGUGUCGCCUUGCGCCUCUCCCUCUUUGGGGAUCACAUGGGAGCCUUGCGAGCUCUGGGCAUGCCUCUGGCCCAGCUGCCCGUGUCCCUGGAGUGCUACACGGCGCCUCCCGAAGACAACCUGGCCCUCCUUCAGCUCUACUUCCGGGCGCUGGUCACGGGCGCCCUCCGGCCACGCUGGUGCCCCGUGCUCUACGCCGUGGCCGUGGCUCACGUCAACAACUUCAUGUUCUCCCAGGACCCAAAGAGCUCGGAUGAGGUGAAGGCUGCUCAGAGGACUAUGCUGCGGAAGACUUCCCUGCUAGCAGAGGAGGUUCUCCGGCAGCACCUCCUCUACUACAAGCUCCCCGACCCCAGCCUCCCGCGGGGCUUCGAGCUGUACUCAGAGCUGCCCCCCCUGAGGCAGCAGCACCUCGAGAGGCUGACCGCGGGGCCCCUCCAGAGCAGAGCGCCCCAGACCUAGCACAGCCGCUGCAGGCGCAAAGAUGGGCGCAUCUUCCGGGCUCCUCCCCAGACACUCGGUCACAGUGUGGGCAUCGAGCCCUAGAGGAGGCAGAGGACAGAGGAGCUCGAGGCCUGCCUGCCUGCCUGCCUCGCAGUGAGAACGAGCCUGUUACUCCUGACCUGGAA